AUGGCAUCAGAUCAUGGAUUGACCAAUAAUGACCUUGAAUUCAAUUCUCCUGAUCGGUUCACUCAGGCGGGAACAGAGAGGAAGAGAACGAGAAAGGCUUGCCGGAUUUGUCAUUCACACAAGGCAAGAUGUAGUGGAACAAUUCCACAUUGUAAGAGGUGCGAACAGAGAGGAUACGUAUGCGAGUAUGAAUCUACAAGUAGAGGGAUGAGGCGGAGCGUGCCGAGGCAACAACCGGCAGGGACAAGUCAAAAUGGUGAUAGCCCUGGACCUGGGGCAGACGCUAUAUCUGCUGGUGGGAGUCCGAUGGAUAUUGGACACGGGACGGAUGGUUCAUUGGACCUCGGAAUCUCCAAAGCUACCAUCAAGCUGUACAUAGAUGCAUAUUUCGAAUUUGUCUCUUCAACGCCUGGGAAAGGCUUUAUCCAUCGAGCCACAUUUCUAAGAAAUUGGAACAAUGGUGCUGUGAAUCCAGCUUUACUGGAAGCCAUGUGUGCUUCAUCCAUAGCCUUCGUCUCAAAAGACAACGAAAGUCGUGCUACGGCCCAGAGAUGGAUGGAUGAAGCAGAGAGAUACGUUUGGCAAAGUUUAAGUAGACCCACUACUGUGUUAGUGGAAGUCCUUCUCGUCAUUAUCUUUUAUCGAUUUGAGCAUCGUGAAUACUUCAAAUCCCAAGCACUUACAGCUGUGGCUGCCAAAAUGGCAUUUGUGUUAGGUCUGAAUUAUGAGAAUAAUGCUUUGUCGACCUUGGUGAGGGAAUGUAGGAGAAGAUUGAUGUGGUCGAUUUUUCAUGUUGAUAGACUUUCUGCUGGUGGCUUUCCAGAAUUACUGGUUUGUCCUUCGCAUUCGAUGCAUAUUCAAUUACCUUGUAGUGAAAAGGAUUUUGAUCUUGGUAUACCAGGAGAGACUGCUCCUUUGAUAUCAACGCGGACGAACGAGGCUGAAUCUAUGCAUUUGGGUUUGAGGACAUUUUAUUUUCGUAUAUCUGAUAUACGGCAUCGUAUUUUGGAGUAUACGCGGAAUGUCAUAAGGGAAAAGUCCAAUCCAUACGAUUCGCAAGAUACGUUACAAAAACUGGAAGAAGAGUUACAACAACUACGUUCCUCACUGCCAGCAAAUCUUCAAUACAACGAAGAUAAUCUUUUCCUUCGAGCAUAUUCACCACAGCUAACAAGAUUCGUUAUGUUCCAUGUUUUAUGGCAACAAUGUCAUGCAGACCUUUACCGAUUCAUGUUUCCAGGAACCAAGGACUCGAUAUCCGAUACGGUUCUAGAAGAUACCCCUCAGGAAUAUGUGCAAUACUGCCAAAGAAAAGCAUUUGAACAUGCAGUUAUGAUAUUGGAUAUUUGUAAUACAGUACAAAGUAUCGGACAUACAUUGAUUAGUGAUAUUGGUAUCGCGACGUGUGUCUACCAGUGCAGUAAUAUAAUUGUACGGGCAGCAGAUAUUGUAGGAUUUUCAAGUGAAGAUGAGAGGGUUAGAAUAAUGGGGAGGUUGGAGAAGGUUACAGAUAUUUUGGAGGGGUUGAGGGAGGUUAAUACCCACGUAGAUGAUAUUUACCGCAAUGUCAAGGAAAUGCUCCACCUCUUCAACACCAACCAGACCCGCCGUCUCUUAGCAAACCCCGUCCUCGGAGCCGCAACCCCGUCUCUCUUAACCUCCGGCGUAACACCUGGGCCCGUGUCCCUCGACCACAUCAACUACACGAACGGUCACAACACAAUGCAGAAUCAUAAUCCCCUCCACUUAAGUAGCACAGGGGUUCUCGCGCCAACAACCGAAAGCGCUGCGACGUUGAGUCUAUUGGAAAUAGGAAAUGGAAAUGAUCAGUAUGCAGAUUGGAAUUCAGGAAAUGUUGAUGAUGGUGGUCAAUGGAUUAACGGAAUUGAUUUUGGACAGGCGGGAAUGGGGAGUGGGAUUGGGAUAGGAACGGAUAUGGUGGGAAAUGUUGGCGCCAUGUUUGAUCCGUUCUGGGGAAUUCAUAACACAAAUGAGGGUGGCAGUGGAACGGAUCAUGGAGGUGGAAAUAUGUAG